ACUCCAAUCUUUAUAAUUUAAUUAAAACCCUAACUACCUAUCUUUCUCUCUCUUCUUACUUCACUUUCACUCAUUUUCACUUCCCACUUACUCAUCUCCACUGAAUCAUUCUCCCUUCUAAUCAACCAAUAACAUCACAAAAUUUUCUGGGAUUUUAUCAACCAACAAAAGAUAACAACUGGGUACUUUCAGAUAUUAUUCCAUUUUUGUUGCAAUUUCUGGGUUUGGUUCAAUUUUUUGGAUUAAUUUUCUUGAAUAAACAGAGGUGAUGUGUUGUUGAUCAGCUUUGAUGGCCACAGUGAAAAUGAAGGGCAUUACAUUUGGGUUGUUAGUGGUAGUGUUGUUAGCCCAUUUAGCUUCACUGAAGGCAGAGAUUUACAUAGUGACACUUGAGGAGGAUCCCGUGGUGAGUUACCGAGGAGGCGUGCUCGGUUUCGAAGCCACUGCUUCUGAGACUGAUGAGAAGGUUGAUGUUACCAGUGAGGCUGUCAUAUCAUAUGCUCACCACCUUGAGAAGAGACAUGAUAUGCUUCUUGGGUUGCUGUUCAAGGGUGGUACUUACACCAAAUUAUACAGCUAUCGACACCUUAUAAAUGGCUUUGCAGUUCAUACAUCGCCUGAGCAGGUAGAAACCCUUAGAAGAGCCCCUGGUGUGAAGUCAGUAGAAAGAGAUUGGAAAGUGAAAAAACUUACAACACAUACACCUGAGUUUCUGGGGCUCCCAACCGAGGUUUGGCCGACAGGAGGUGGUCAUGACAAGGCAGGAGAGGACAUUGUUAUCGGAUUUGUGGACUCAGGAAUAUAUCCCGAACAUCCAAGCUUUGCAGUUCAUGAUGCAGAACGAUAUGGACCCGUUCCAAAGUAUAGGGGGAAAUGUGAAGUUGAUCCUGUUACAAAGAGAAGUUUCUGUAAUGGAAAAAUUGUUGGUGCUCAGCAUUUUGCAAAAGCUGCAAUAGCAGCUGGAGCAUUCAAUCCAUCUGUUGAUUACGCUUCUCCUUUAGACGGUGACGGACAUGGAAGUCACACAGCUUCUAUUGCUGCUGGAAACAAUGGAAUUCCUGUCAGAAUGCAUAGAUAUGAAUUUGGAAAAGCAAGUGGCAUGGCUCCUCGUGCCAGAAUUGCUGUUUAUAAGGCUCUUUACCCACUCUUUGGAGGAUUUGUUGCAGAUGUUAUGGCUGCCAUUGAUCAGGCUGUUCAUGAUGGUGUUGAUAUCCUAAAUCUUUCAGUUGGGCCAAACAGUCCGCCAGCAGCAACGAAAUCGACCUUUCUAAAUCCUUUUGAUGCUGUGCUUCUCUCAGCUGUUAGAGCAGGUAUCUUUGUUGCUCAGGCAGCUGGAAAUGGGGGUCCUUUUCCAAAGACUAUUCUGUCCUACAGCCCAUGGAUAACGUCUGUUGCUGCUGCAAUUGAUGAUAGAAGAUAUAAAAAUCAUUUUUUCUUGGGAAACGGUAAAGUGCUGGCUGGUACAGGACUUUCACCCGCCACUCAUUUCAACAGAAGUUACACCCUUGUUUCGGCAAAUGAUGUGUUGUUAGAUUCAUCUGUUGUGAGAUUCAGUCCUUCAGAUUGUCAGAGACCUGAAGUUCUGAACAGAAGAUUGGUGGAGGGAAAGAUUCUUCUAUGUGGCUAUUCUUUCAAUUUUGUUGUUGGUAGUGCGUCAAUCAAGAAAGUUUCCGAGACAGCCAAAAGCCUUGGUGCUGUUGGUUUUGUCCUUGCUGUGGAAAGUGUUACUCCCGGGACAAAAUUUGAUCCUGUCCCUAGCAGUAUUCCUGGCAUUGUUGUGACUGAUGUCAGCAAGUCUCUGGAACUCAUAAACUAUUAUAAUGCCUCAACUCCACGGGAUUGGACUGGACGAGUAAAGAGCUUUGAAGCAAAAGGCCGUAUUGGUAAUGGGUUAAGGGCUAUUCUUCACAAAUCAGCCCCACAAGUGGCAUUAUUUUCUGCAAGGGGUCCCAACAUAAAAGACUACAGCUUCCGAGAAGCAGAUCUUCUGAAACCUGACAUUUUGGCUCCUGGAUCUCUCAUAUGGGGAGCUUGGGCACCAAACGGCACUGACGAACCCAACUACGCAGGGGAAGGAUUUGCCAUGAUAUCUGGAACAAGUAUGGCUGCUCCACAUAUUGCUGGGAUAGCUGCUCUUAUAAAGCAAAAACACCCUACCUGGAGCCCGGCAGCUAUUAAGUCAGCUUUGAUGACUACAACGACAACGAUCAAUAGAGCUGGGGGACCACUUCAAGCUCAGCAGUACACUGGAUCGUCUGAGGAAAUGACCUUGGUUACUGCUACACCAUUUGAUUAUGGAAGUGGCCAUGUUGAUCCCCGUGCUGCUCUAGAUCCUGGACUCAUAUUUGACGCAGGUUAUUCAGACUACUUGGGGUUCUUGUGCACCACACCAGGAAUCAACCCUCACGAGAUAAGGAACUACACAAGAUCACCUUGUAAUUUUACCAUGGGCCAUCCAUCAAAUCUCAACACACCGUCAAUAGCAAUCUCACACCUAGUCAGAACCCAAACUGUCACAAGAACUGUAACCAAUGUUGCUGAGGAAGAAACAUACACGAUCACAGCAAGGAUGGAACCGUCAAUUGCCAUCGAGGUAAACCCUCCUGCCAUGACUUUACUUCCAGGUGCAUCACGGAAAUUCUCAGUUUCCUUGACUGUCCGUUCAGUGACCGGGUCCUACAGCUUUGGCCAAGUCUUCUUAAAAGGAAGCCGAGGUCACAAGGUUAAGAUUCCAGUAGUAGCUAAGGGUUACAAACGAUAGGUCAAUUUAGGGAAAGUUUCACAAGCUUGUCCUUCUAAAGCACGAGGUUUAGAUCAUACAGUAUUCUUUAUGACAUGGAAAUAAGAGAGAAGACUGCUAUAUAUAAAUAUCGAACAAGGUUUCUGGGAAUGUAUAAGUAGGAAACUUACUUGUUUCCUUUCCUAGGUAGUAAAGUAUUUUGUUACCACCUUUUUGGUGGCUAAUUUUUGUUGUUGUAUUAGUGUUUAGAUUAAUUAUAGUAUAGACCGAUUCAGCUUGAUCUCUUCCGCUGGUCAUUGCCGUUGUAAAGAAGCUUGUGAGGCAGUGGUAACGGGGGAAAGCGAACGCAAGAAGGAAGUAUUGUAAGUUCAAUGAUCAGUUGUAAUAUUAUUAUCAAGUGUUUUGAGUAUUUGAAACAUAAUUUUAAAGCUUCCAUAAUGAAGAAGAGAGGUGGAGCAUGGAAGCUUUGAUUCGUGUAAGAAUGUCUUGUACAUGUAAUUUCACUAUUUCUUUAGAAGUUUUACAUUUGAUUCGUUAA